AUGGCUAUCUCUGCUACUGUACCACGCGGGGACGUCACGGCAACCCUCAACUUCUUUAAUCCUCCUGCCGACUCCGCCAAGCCCUUCAACUUCGUUGACACCCCCCCAGAGGGCCAACCCCAGCGUAACUUCUCAGACAGCCCUCAGAAGACUGUCAUCCACGACAUCCGUGGUCGUGAGGCCAACUUCAAUCUUGACAACGACGCUUUCCAGAUCAUUCAGAACGUUGCUCCCUCCAAGGAGGUUGAGUUCCGGGACGACCAGUCCAUUCAGGACAACUACUACCCGGAGAUUGAACAACUUCUCCUCAAAAACAUACCCGGCUCUAGCCGUGUAUAUCUGUUUGACCACACUAUCCGCCGGCAGGAGCUGGACGCCAAGCGCGGCCCAGUAACCCGCGUCCACAUCGACCAGACCGCUGAAGCCACCGCCCAGCGUGUCCGCCGAUACUUUCCCGAGGAGGCUGACAAACUGCUCCAGGGCCGCUACCGCAUCGUCAACGUCUGGCGUCCCCUGAACAAGACCCCUCUCGAGGCCUUUCCCCUCGCCGUCGCUUCCUCGGCCUCGGUUGAGGAUGACGACGUUAUACCGGUUGAGCACCGUUACCCAAGUGGCUACCAGGGCUGGACUGCUGCCAUCCGUCACAACCCGGAUCAGAAGUGGUACUACCUCAGCGGCAUGACCGGAAACGAGCGGCUCUUGCUGGAGUGCUUCGACAGCGAUUCUCUGAAACUGGAGUCCAAGAUCAAGGGUCGUGUCCCGCACACUGCUUUCGAGGACCCUAGAACUAGGGCUGACGCUGAGGGUCGUGAGAGUAUUGAGGUGCGAGCCCUCGUAUUCGGCCCGUGA